UUAACUCUGAUACGCUAAUACUCUUUAGUGAAGGAAGAGCAUCUUUCUUUUAAAGCACAUUUCUUUGCUACAUUUACAGUACAAGAUAAUCUUAGAAUAACAUGCUGAAUUUAUUUAAAUAACCUACAGUUACCACGUAUACAUACCGACACAAACAUACAUAUAAAAUCUGAAGUUAUUCAAGCUAACGUUAGCUAUGUGGACUAAGCAGCUAGCAAAGCCAGAUAAUAAACUAACGGCUCAAGCCGAAAAAGGCGUUUGAUUUCUGCUGUAAUUACACUCAAAGAAGAAGAUUUGGCUUUUAAGUGUUGAAAAUGUCUGUCUUUACUUUCUUCACAAGUUUAGCCGUGGUUGGUCAACUGUUUGCCCCUUCGAAAGACAAAAGUUGAACCUCAACGUUUUACCCCCACAUGUCAGCUUUCUAAGAAUGCAGCUCGGUCUCUUCUCCAAAAUGUGGGUUUAUAUAUUUUCCCUGCUGUGGAUAACGUCAGGAGGAUGCACAGAAAAGGCCAACACGUCAGACCAUAUUGAAUAUACAGCUGCAGACUUUUAUGAGACACUGCAUUCUGGGAAGAUGAUGUUUAUCUAUUUUGAGAAUCAAGUUUCUUCAGCCAUUUCUCUAUUCCUAGUGGAGCUGGAAAAGUCUGCUCAGGCUUUGCAGGAUUAUGGAGUUCUGGUUGGCAAGGUCAGCUGUCAGAAAGAGCUGGUUCAGCCAUACUGCACCGAGGAAAGAGGACGGCACGCAGCUUUUCUGUUCAGAAGCGGGAAGGAGUUCUUGAGUUUUGCAUUGGACACAGUUUUCGAUGUCAACUCCAUCGUUUCUGAAGUCCUGUUCGCCAUUCUGCGUGAAGAGGUGAAGUAUGUCCACACAGACGCUGACCUCCUGGCCAUAGAAAAGGCAGCCAGCGGGAAGAGGGAUAUCGUCCUGGGUUAUGUUCGCAGUCUGGGAACUCUAGAGCACAGGUCGAUGAUGGAGACGGCGUACGUGUAUGGAUCCAAAUAUCAAUUUAUCCUCAUAACUGGAGGGCCGGUUCUGAAGCAGUUAGGAGUAAACGAAUCCUCCGUGUUGUCUCGAGUGUGGUUCCUCCACUGUAGGGUUCACAAUGGUUUCAUGGCCCCGAUGACUUCUGAACGCUGUCCUGUGACACGUAUGAGGAAGGUCCUGUCCACCCUGAACCUCCACUCCUUCCUGCAGCUUAUGGAGGCGCCACUAGUGUCUGAAGUAUACGUUGACCCCUCCUCAGUCCCGCCGCCCCAGUUCCCGUACCAGCUGACCCCUCAGGUCUUCCUGUUUUCUCGUCCGGUGACCGAGCACCUGGACCUGGACAUGGCUAUGACCCUGGCCUGGAGGCUGCGAGGCCUCGCUCUGGUGCUGCUGGUACACAGGCAGAGUCCUGCAGUGAAAACCCCUGAUGAAUAUAAUGCUGCUUAUCGGCUGCCUGACCAGAGUUCGGAGGUGAAGUAUUUGACCUUACACAGCCAAGAUGAGGUGUUGGAGCUCUUCACAAGCCAAGAAAAAGAGGAGGAUGAAGAAGAGGACGAAGAAGUGGAGGAUACAUAUUUUGACAAGGUGGAUGAUGAAAUUGCUGCAUCUGUGUUUGAAAACUUGGGCAGCUUGCAGGAUAUAGAUGUGAUAACCCAACUUACCUCUGACAACUUCCACGCUGAAGUUGCACAAAGCAGCCUCACAGUGGCGCUCUUCUACCUCAAAUGGGAUGCUGUUUCAAUGGCUUUUCUCAGCUCCUUCAUUGAAGUUGCAGAGAGACUGGCAGGUUCGGGUGUCAAUGAUGUUCAGAUGAGUACCACUGACUGUGGAGAGUGGACAGAUCUCUGCGCCGCUCAGCCAGGCAGAGCUGUCCCGUUCCAGCCAAUCACCGCCUUUCCUACUGUCCUUAUGCUCCGCCCCCAGGAGUCAGCUCAGCACUACAGAGGAAUGCUGGGUAGCGAGGCGCUACAUCGCUUUAUCAUGAUGAGCCGCUCAGCCUCUCCUGUGCUACUGUCCACCCAGGAGGAAGUGACAUCAUUCCUUCAGGAAGUGCCUCACCCUGAGCUCGCAGGCUACCGGCCUGACAGAGUCCUGGGAUUAUUCAAGACUCCCAAACAAACAGGUUUCUCUGUAUUUUCUGAAGCAGCAAAGUCCCUGAGAGGCGAAGUCCUGAGUGGACUGCUGACGAACGGACUGGCAGAAAAAUGGGCUGCAGACCACGCUGUGGACCCUCCAUCAGUCUUAGUGUUUCCAUCUUGGGGGACGUUCGAUCAUCCGUCCACGCUGCCUGCAUCCUCCUCGGUUAAAGAGCUUCUCACACACAUUAACACUGCACUCCUCCACCCAGUGCCUGAGCUGACUAUGGAAAACCUGCCUUCCUUCCUGUUGCUUGGUAAAGCCCUUAUCCUCCUUUUUGUGGGAGAUGAGGAGGACGAGAUCGGACGGAAACAGAACCAGGCGCUGGUAGAGGAGAUGAAAGAACUGGUGGAGCUAGGAGUGAGAUUGGAGCGGUACCUGCCCUGCUGGAUCCACCUUGGCCGCACCCCAGCCGGUAUGUCCGUCCUGGGGUCAUAUCUGGGGUCAAUGCCGCCACUUCCUGCUCUGGUUCUCACACAUUUACCAUCUGGGGAUGAAAUCUAUCAGUUCCCACCCAGCACCCCCAUAGUGGCCUCGUCUGUUCUGCAGUGGCUGCAGAGGGUCGAGGAUGGGGCCGAGACACCCACAGGCAUGCUGGGUGACGACAGCUGGCCUCCUGCUGCCGAGUUCUACAACUUCCUGGAAAUCAUGGACUCUCAGGAACCAGACUCCACCCAACAGCAAACUUCUGCAGACGAAGAGGAAGAGGAUGAAGAAGUUAAUGUUGAAGAACAUCUGGUGGCGGAUGACAAUGCUGACAUUAAUCCAAACAUUCACUCUGAACUGUGAUGACAGGAUGGAAAUGACACUGCUGGUUAAACUGGUUGGUCUGUUGUUGGGUCACAGUUUGCUCUUUUUAAUAUAAUUACCACAUUAAUCCUUCUGAGACAAUGAUUUGUUGCCAAAUUAGUGAUUAUUUACCAAAGCAGAUAUUAUAUUGAAUGACCAGAGGAACUGUGAAUUUUCUUAUCUGUUGCUAUUUUCAUGUUGGAUAUUUGUAUGCAAAUUCUGUAGGUUUUCUUUUUGGUGUUUACAGUCACUGUUUCAUUUCCUGGUUUCUUGCAGCUGUGGUUUUAUGACUAAUGUCAAGGACAAGCUGACAUUUAGUUUUUUCUCUUUUUACAUUUGGCUUUCAGCAUUUUUAUAUGCAUUUCAGUUCUGUUUAUUUCCUUCUUUUUACAGGAACUGUAUAGUGAAAGCUAAAUUAUGAGCAUGUUUAGCACUAAACUGGGUGCAGUUUGUUCUAUUUUUUAUUUAAGAAGUAUUUUUAUUGUUAAAGCUAAAGGAGUAAUCACGUAGUUGAAUCUGUUGUGCUUACAUGUGCUUCUGAAAUGCAAUAUUUAAAAAAAAACUACAAAAUACUCAGACUUCCUGCUGUCUCACGCCAUCAUGUUUUUGUUUUGUUUCGCUCAUGUUGUGACGCUCAUGUUGUUUUAACAUCUUUAAUUUUUAAAGUCGGAAGCAACAUUGUUUUGCACAUGUGCAAAUUUACAAAAAAAACUAAAUAAAUCAGAUAUACGGGUCUACAUGCAUGAAGACGUUGGAAUAUUGGGGAGAAAACCAAGUGUGUUAAUCUGAUUUCUCAUAAUCAGAUUACUGCCAGUUAGCCUGUUUAAAUUUAAAUUUGGAUCUAAAUGGAGCCUUGUAAAUAACUUUAUUUUAAUGGA